GUGGCGCUAAUGCACCUGAAAGUUGUGCCAUAAAAUAUUAAGAAGAAGAAAAAAGCGGUAGAAUAAACGCGUGGUGUACUGUCUUAUGGAAGUUUGUUCGCUGUUGAUUUUUGUUUUUGAAGGACAGAAAUGAGCGAAAUUCCUCUAACUUCAUCAGUGUCAAAGGGAUGUUUUGUUUUUAAGUCAGCCUCUAAAAAGAGAAAGCGACAUGUAGGAGUUGGUGGAUAUUUGGUGGAUGAUAGUGACGAGAACGGCAGCGAUCGCUUUAGGAUCUGUCAGAAAUUAUGGGAAACUGUUCAAACGAAUACAGAGGUAAUACAAGAUCAGUUGAAUAAAAAGGUACUUGACAGUCUUGCAGAGUUCAUUAAAAAGCAUGGCCUCGGCUGCUCAUCUGAUGUCUGGAGACAGAGAGGCAGAGAAACCCCCACAGCUGCUCUAAUGCUGGGGGUAAAUGUGCCAGAUCAUGCCAUGACAUUUCGAAGUCUGUGUAAUCUCCUUCAGGAUUCUGUCACACCGUUUGUGGUGUCCGUUCAUGCCAAAGAAUGUGCAGCUGUGAAGCUCUUGAUUCAGAAGGUUCUAGAGCAGCUGAUGGGAAGAGGAGUGUCCGUGGAUGAAGAACAGGAAGAUGAUACAGCUUUGCUUCAAAGGACACAGUGUACAAUUAGUGCUUUAUGUCAGUGGUACAAGACUGUUACCAAGAAAUGCACCCAAGUUUUCCCUCAAAGGACAGAAAGCUUGACAAAUAGUGACUUGCCUCAGAGUUUGCCUGUUGUUGUGAUCUUCAAAGACUUCGAGGCAUUCAACUCACAAGUUUUACAGGAUUUUAUCCUUAUUUGCAGGUGGGAUUUGUGUAGUGAAAUGUGCUAUAGCAGUAUAAAGUUUCUUCCAUUCAUCUUUAUUUUUGGCAUUGCCACGUCUCCAAGUGCUAUCCAGCACAGGCUUCCCCACUCUGUGUCAUCAUUGCUCUGCAUUGAGGUCUUUCAUUCUCUCUCAUGUACUCAGCAUUUAGCCUCUGUUUUUGACAAGCUCAUUCUGAACUCUCAGUUCCCAUUCAAGCUCAGCAGUAGGGUGAUACAGGUGCUGGUUGGCAUCUUCCUCUACCAUGACUUCUCUGUUCAGAAUUUUGUUAAGGGCCUACAGUUCUCUAUGUUGGAGCACUUUAAAAGCCAGCCUCUCAGCAUGCUUUGCUGCCAAAAACAAGAGGCCUUGCUUUCUGCCAAGACAUUGAGCAAAAAAAACGUUGAACGAAUCCGCCAUCUACCCUCGUUCAUGAGGUAUGUGGAGACUCAGGAGCCCCAGGAACAGGUGCGGCUCCUUACCAAUGAUGAACAUGUCAAGGAAGUAUGUCAAAAAUUACUGAAAAACCUCCAUAAAUACCACAAGAAUUACUAUCCCAUUCUACAGUGUCUGCACUCUUUGACCUCAUCACUGCCUAAGUUUCCUUUAGGAAAGCAUAUACGAGAACUGCAUGUAUCCUGCAUUGAGAAGAAUUUGUGGGAGACAGAGGAGUAUGACUCAGCCUUGCAGCUUCUGAGGAUUCUAGCAAAAGAUGAGCUUGUUGUAGCUUUACGGAAGUGUGCUGAAAUUCUUAAAUCUACCAAGAUAUUGCAAAAUGUCCUGCAACAAUUGGAAGAUUUUAUUGGCAGAUUGGAAGCACUGGAGGGUGUCUCUUCAGAAGAUUCCUCUGGAAAUGGCAUCCUCUCAGGAAAAAUGGAAUAUCAGAAAACAGAUCUCUUUCAGCUUCAAAAGACUCUGCUUGAAAAAGAGUCCCGAAGAACAAAGAGAAUGAAUCCAUUCGAAGUGCUUCGAAGCCAGGUGAUAGAGUUUAUUGACAGCCUUGUGAGAGAAUACUUGACUCCAGCAGAACUCCAACCACUCAAUGAAGUGUGCUACUACAGUUCCUCUGGGGUCUUGAGACAGCGACUCAAUGUCACCCCACGAACAUCCAUUCAAGCUGCUCUCAGUCAUCCUUUCUACUAUUUGCAGAAUGAAAGCCUGAAAACAGAUGCUGGCACAAUCUCCAGUGCUGCACCAGACCUCUGCAUUGUAUACAAGCUUCAUCUUGAGUGUGGAAGACUCAUAAAUCUAUAUGACUGGCUUGAGGCGUUUCUAACUGUGAUGUCAGCUGCUGAGGACCAAGAUACUAAUUCUGAGGAGUGUGGCAAAUAUGACAGCCUUAAGCACGCUCGUUUCAUUCAGGCUGUUUCAGAGAUGGAAUUUCUUGGUUUCAUUAAAUCAACAAAACAGAAGACUGACCAUGUGGCAAGACUGACUUGGGGAGGUUGUUAAAGAAAUGCAAAUCACUGUUUCCUGAGCACAAGAGACUGGUCUGACAUGCAUGAAAUAAUUAUGUAUUUUGCACCACAACUAUAUUUUGUACUGUCAGCUGCAUUAUACGUGUUACUAUUACCCCCUCCACCACCACCACCACCCCCCUUUUUUUUUUUUUUUUUUUUUUACAUUUGUUGUCGUUUUUGGUUAUUUGGAGUAAUAAAAAAAUUUUAAUGUCUCUGUCAAAUAUUUUAAUUCACUAGAUCUGGUUUUUAUUUUAUCAAACCUUAGCUAUAUGAGGUAAACAAAUUAAAGUUUUUUUUAUUUAUUUUUUUAUUACAAUAUUUGAAAGCGACAGAUAAGAUAUAUUUUAAUUCACAAUUCAAAAACAUGAAUGCAAAAUGAAAUAAAUGCAUAAUGAUCCACACUGUUACCAAUUAGUAAUGGCAUUGACACCUUAAGUUAUGUCAACCACAGAAAUUUGGAAAUGGAAGGAGACUCCAGGAAUAUUGAUAUGCUCCCAGACAGACUAUAAAAUAGUGCUGAUUUGAAUUAAGAUUAUUUUAUUCAGAAAUACAUUUUGCAUUAGGAUAGAAAAGUGAGAAAUUGUAUUAUUACAUGCUCAGAAAUGAUAAUUUCACGUUAAAGUGAAAAUUCGCAUGCUCCAGCAAUUAAGAGAUAACCCCAGAAAGCCAUAUUUUUUUAUGAAUACCCUUGGCUAUGGUGGCUAAAAAUAUAUGUACUCCCCUGUAAAAAAAAAAAAAAAAAAAAAAAAGUAAAAUCAUGCCAGGUCUUUUCCCACCUGUAAUGUAAAAUUGAAAUAGACAGUACAUAAAAUCUUAAGGGGGUUGAAAAAAGAAAAGAAAAACCUCAAAUGACUUUGCUGCACACCUUUUUAUAAUGAACGAAUGGAAUGAACAAGGCCUGAAAAGAGCUGCCAAGAGCUUACAAAGGAUGUGUGUGACCUCAAAAAAUAAAUAUAAAUUACGUUCAAAUAAAAAAAGUCAAGGUAGAAGAAAUUGCUCAGUCAGAGCCCAGAAAGUGUGGUUCCAAAUCUCCAUGAUUUAAUAUGAUUUCUGACAGAUGAUGGGAUUAUUUAAAGACUGUAUACUAAGGUGACCAGAUAUUGAAAAUGUACACCAGGGACGUUAAGUAGUCAAAAUGUCAUUUAAACCUGAUCUGUGAAUCAAAUAAUAAUAAUAAAAAAAUAUUGGAUUGAA